AUGGGUGUCAACAACUGGGUCUGGUUUGGCCCGCUGUCCUUCCUGGUCGCCGUGUCAGGCGUCUUCUACGCCUACCCGUGGCCGGUGUUGAACACGUACGGGGGUCGGGCUACCGACGCAAAGGCCCAUACGACGUGGAUGCAUCACGGGCCGCUGAACAACGACAAGUGCUGGACGAAUCCGCCAUGUGGCUACCCGGAGACCCGAGAGGUGUUCUACCCGCCGCUGAACCGCCACGACACCGUGAGCGCGGCGAGCUACCACGAGUACUUUGUAAAGUACGACAUCAAGAAAGACAAGGCCACCAAGAUGAAGCUCGAGGGCAUCGACUCCUCGCACGAUCUCGUCCUGCACGGCAUUGACCUCCUAAUGCCGGAAGACGACCCCUCCAAGAUCUACCUCUUCGCCGUCAACCACGGCCGCAAAGGCGAAACCAUCGUGCUGUUCUCCCACACGCUCGGCUCCGACGUGUUGACGUUUGUCCGCGAAUUCCAGCAUCCGGCCAUCAAGACGCCCAACGCCGUCGCCGCGACGGGUCUGAACUCCUUCUUCAUCACCAACGACCACUACUUCUACGGCGGCGGUCCCUUGGCGACCAUCCUCCGCAGCCACGAGGACCACUGGGGGCCCUGGAAGUGGGCGACGGACGUGGUCUACUGCAACGCAUCUUCCUCGUCGAUCGACUGCCGCACCGUGUCGCCGCCAAACUCGCACCCGAGCGCCAACGGCGCGCUGCUGGUCGACGGCGGCAAGACGCUGAUGAUCAACGACGUCGUCGAGGCCACCACCACCAUCUACGACGUCGACCCGGAGACCCACGCCUUGACGGUGCGCAAGAAAGUCCAACUCGGCGCCUCGGCGGAUAACCUCUCUCUGAUACCCGGCACCGAAGACAUUGCGGUCUGCAUCUUCCCCGACGUCGCAGCCCUCCGCCACCGCCUGAGCAGCGACCACCUGCUGGACUACAGCCUCAAGGGCGAGGCGGCGAUCGUGCGGCUCGUGAAAGCGCGCGACUACGAGCCCGAGCUGCUGUACUGGGACGAUGGGUCGCUGAUCACCGUGCUGACGGGGGCCGCCGUCGAUCCCGUCCACGGCAAGCUCAUCGCCGGCGGCGUCGUCGAGCGGUAUUUCAUGGUCUGCGAUAUCGAUGCGUGA